AUGGCUAGCGGCCAGCCUCCCGGAGAGGGGGGGCCUGUGACGGCAAUAUCGUAUGCGAACGUUGUUUGCCCUACAGUUUCAGUUGAGACAGCUGUGUCUACAAAACCCAUUACAUUUUUACAUGGUGAGCCGAUCGUGAUCUGGGAGCAAAAAGAGGUGGACAAUAUGAUCAUUCGAGAAAAUCUCCAGUACGCUGUUAUUGGAAAAUUCUCUUAUGGUUGGCCGGAUAUUCAUGAUCUUAGGAAAAUCAUCCCCACACAAUGUGAAUUAAAAGGGGAGUGUUCUAUUGGUUUAUUGAGUAAUCGCCAUAUUCUAAUCAGAGCAUCGUUAAUGGAGGACUAUGUGCAUCUCUUGUCGAAACUAGUGUUCUACAUUAAUCAAUUUAAUUGGUCUUAUCCCAUGAGGACUUUUAAGUGGGAACCAAUGUUCAAUCCAUCAGCAGAAACAACAACGGCAGUGACUUGGAUCUCGUUUCCAUCUCUUCCUUCGAACUUUUUCUGUGAGGAGGCUUUGUUUUCUCUGGCUAGUGCAGUAGGAAAGCCACUACAGGUUGACUUGGCGACAAGAAACAAGACUAGGCCUAGCUGUGCUAGGGUAAAGGUGGAGGUUAAUCUGUUGGAUGAAUUUCCUAAACGUAUUAAAAUUGGUAUAAGAAAGGAGAAUGGGGAAGUGCAAGAGAAGUGGAUUCCCAUAAGGUAUGAUUAUUUGCCAAAAUAUUGCAUGACUUGUUCAAUACAAGGACAUGAUGAGGAUCAAUGCUACGUGAAGCAUCCUGCUUUGUUCAAAAAGAAGUCCAAGAAUAACACUGACAAUGAUAAGGAGAAGGAGAUGGUGAAUUCAAAGGAUAAUAAAGGGGACACUGUUGACACCCAAUUUUGA